AUGGGUAAGGGAAAGCCUCGUGGUUUGAACGCCGCUCGCAAGCUCAAGGACCACCGCCGUGAUCAACGAUGGGCCGAUUUGGGUUUCAAGAAGCGCCUGCUGGGAACAGCCUACAAAUCCUCUCCCUUCGGUGGUUCCUCUCACGCCAAGGGUAUCGUCCUCGAAAAGGUCGGUGUUGAGGCCAAGCAGCCCAACUCCGCUAUCCGAAAGUGUGUCAAGGUCCAGUUGAUCAAGAACGGAAAGAAGGUCACUGCUUUCGUCCCCAAUGACGGUUGUCUUAACUUCGUUGACGAGAACGAUGAAGUCCUCCUCGCUGGUUUCGGUCGUAAGGGCAAGGCCAAGGGUGAUAUUCCUGGUGUCCGUUUCAAGGUCGUCAAGGUUUCCGGUGUCGGUCUGUCCGCUCUCUGGAAGGAGAAGAAGGAGAAGCCUCGUUCAUAA